AUGUUGACUAAUGAUACGAAAACAAAUUUUAAUAAACAAUGGUAUUCUGAUAAUGAUGAAGAUUGUUCAUGUAGUAGUUGUGAUUGUUCAAAUUGUAUUAAUAAAGAUACAUCAUCAAAAAUACAACAAAAUGAAACUAUAUCAAUGACUGAACAACAAUCUCUUUAUGAUAUUAUUGAUCAAUCAUAUACAAGAAUUCCUGUUUUAUACAAUUCAAUAAAACAAACAAAAUUAGAUACAGAUUUUAUAUUAUCUGUUAAUGAUUAUUUAGAUCGAUUAAAAGCAAAUAUUUAUAAAGAUCUUAUACGACGUGAAACCGUAUUACGUAAUGGAAAAAAUCAUAUCGAAAAUUUCAUAUCACUUAUUCGUUGUAUUUGUAAAAUAUCUUAUGAACAAUCACUUGAAAUUUCAAAUAAUUUAAAUAUAAUAGAAUAUGCUGUAAUCUAUAUAAUGACAGCAAUUGAUUAUAUUCUUCAAUGUAAUUUUCCACAGAAAAAAACAUUAUUGAAUUAUAUUCUUAAUGAAUAUAUUUCUAUGUGGUUACAUGAAAAUCUUCGUAUAAUUCAAGAAGAUUUUAGUAUUAUUAGUAAACAUGGAACAAAAACUAAUUUUUUUUCACUUUGUAUUUGUAUUUUUCGCAAAUUAGAAUUCAUAUGUACAAUUAAUUGGAAACGUUUACAAAUGAUACAAAAUUAUCGACUGUCAAAUUUUAAUCAAUUAAUGAAAGAAACCAGUAUUAAAUUAGAAACUAGUCAAGAUUUUAUAUUAUUAUUUGGUAAAUCUUUAAAAUCAACAACGAAAAAAUCUGAAAUACCAAUAACAUUAUUAUAUUCUAAUCGAACAGAUAAUGAAUUAAGGGAUAUUGAUGAAAUACAUAAUAUAUUUAGAAAAUCUAUUGCAAAAAUUCUUAACGCAGAAAACCAGAAGUUACCAUUUCAAUCAUCAUCUUCUCAACCAAUAAUUUCACCAUCGGUAGAAAUAGUAUCACCAAUUUCAAAUGAAUUAAUCAAUGUAGAUUAUUAUUCAGCAAGUAAAGAGAAUGAAGAUCGAUCAAUGAAAGAAAAAGAUGUAAUAGGUAGAAGUAAAACUAUAUUAAAGAUGGUUGAUCAACAGGAACAAUCUACACAACCGAUCGAACCUACUUUACUGUCGCAUUAUCCAUCAACAACAUCUUCAUUAACAGAUCAUUUUAAAGAACCACAAAGAAGUUCUCUGUCAGAAUCUAAAUCAGUCUCUCUUGAAGAUCAACAACAAUUGUGGUCAAUUGAAACAAAUUCUCAACAAAACUUAUCAUCUACAUCAGUAUAUAAAUCUCCUUCUGAAUUCCAAGUGACAAAUACUGAACAUAUCAGCAGUUAUCAUGAGGAUGUUCAAAAGUUAGAUUCUCCAUUGAAAAAUCAAACUAAAGAAAAUAUAUCAUCAAUUGAUCAUCCAUUACAAGAACCAUUUAUUCCUGACAAGCCCUUGACAUGCAAUCCUUUUUCGUCUACAUCAUAUCAUAGUUCUUUUGAUAAUAGUAUAUCAAUAAGUUCAACAGCAAUACUAAAUAAAGAGAUCAAUGAAUUAAUUCACUUUUUAACAGAUCUUGCCAAUUCAUCAACAUUAGUUCACCAGAAAAAAGAAUCAUCAUCAUUAUUAAAACAACUUAUGUCUUGUUUAGAACAAAAUAAUAUUGAUACAAAGUCAAUUAUGAAUAAAAUUCAACAUUCUCAUUCACAAGAGUCUCUUAGUGUGAGAGAACCAUUGUUUCUUGCAAAAUUUAUACAUGUUUUACGCAAAGAACUUGAAGAUGCACAAAUUCUAAGAGAAAUAGAUCAUGGACAAUCACAGAAUAUUGAUUGUCCGUCAUUUGAAACAAGAAAUAUACUUAAACUAUCAAAAUCUAAUACAUCCACUAGAGAUCAUAUCGAUCAAGAUCGUGUAUGUAUUGAAGUUACACAUGAUCCAUCACGAUGUACACCAAAUCCUGAAAUAUUUUAUCAUCAAUGUCAUCCAUGUGGUUGUGAUGAUUCAUCAUCAUCACAAUCCGAUUGUUGUCAGCAGCGAAUGUAUUGGAUUUGUUCAAAAGAAUACUCGUCAUGCAAAGACUGUACUGUAACACCUAAUUCAUUAUUUUGUGCAAGAGAAUCACUUGAGAAAAAUACUCAUUCAGUUACUGUUGAACAUAAUGAAGAAUUUCGAUAA